AUGAGUCAUAGCAGACAGUUACCAUUUGCUGAUGCAGCUACAAUAGCACAUCAAAAGGAUGCCUACUUUGAGUCCUCAUACAGGAGCCAGCUACAAGAUUUGAUCCAAAUAAUCAAGGGCCAAAGAUUUAUUAAUGCCCAUCCAGGAGAAAUAACAGUGUUGGCAAAGGCAGUAUACUUGGCACUCACUACAUUAAUUGGAGCUAGGACAUUGGGUGAGGAAUAUGUCGAUUUGAUAUAUGUCAAUCGUUCAGGAAAGAAAUUACCCAAACUACUACCGAGACUUGGUUUCAUAGUAGCUUAUGCACUUGUUCCGUACUUAAUUAAUAAAUCGAUCAAGUAUGCUCAAAUCAAGAAGGAAAAGAACCUCGAGAACGGGCAAAAGGCGGACUCAUGGAUGAUGAAGUUUUUAUCAAGUUAUUGUGAUGUUUUGGAUACAUUGUUGAACCUCCAUAUCGCCAUUUUCUACUUUAAAGGUGAAUUCUACUCGUUGUCGAAAAGGCUAUUUGGUCUCCGUUAUGCCUUUGGCCAUUACAAGGAGCCCGAAAAGAUGCAACGAGGUAACUAUUCGCUACUUGGUGCCUUAAUGGUUAUACAAAUAACCGUCAAGAUGCUCAUGAAUUUGAAAGAAUACAGUGACGAAUAUAUAAACAAAGAAGAACCCAGCAAAGAAAAGUCAGCUUUGGAUGAGGAAAACGACGCAAAGAUCACCAGUAUUACCCAAUUGAACCAACUAAGUGGCAAUUUUAAUCCUAAAUAUUUGGUUGAUUUGAGUGACAAGUCGCAAUUACCAUAUUUGCAAGAUGAAUCCAGAAAUUGUAUGUUGUGUUUGUCUCCUAUGGUUACUCCUUCGGCUGCAAAUUGUGGCCAUUUGUAUUGUUGGGAUUGCAUAGUUGAUUGGAUUAGGGAAAACCCAGAGUGUCCAUUAUGUAGACAACAGUGCUUAGAACAGCACUUGCUACCAUUAAAGUAG